AUGGCCCGGUCGUAUGGCGGCCGGGUGCUGGCCGCAAUGACCUUGCUGGGCAUCCCAGCGGCCGUGCUGGCGGCGCUGGGUGCGCAGCUGCUGUUCCAGCUGCAGGCGGGCCGCGCCGAGCUGCGAGGACCCCGCGCAGAAGGCCUGGCCCCCGGGCUGGGCGCCGGACCCGGGCUGCCCGAGGACGCGGCUGGGGCACUGCUGCCGCUGGCCGCCGCUCUGGCCGCGCUCGCCUUGGUGCUGGCCCUCACCUGCCUGCUGCUCGCCGCGCUUUGUGGCCACCUAGGCGCCGAGAUGGCGCGGGGGCCUGGCCCCAGCAGGUGUGACUGGUUUCUCUAUGAUUGCCGCCUCCUCAGGCAUGUGGCCCUCGGCCUCUUCUGCUGCGGAGUCUCUGUCUACUUAGCAGCGCUGUCCAUCUAUGCUCUGCUGCUCUUUGAGAUUGAGACGGGCGCGGCAGCUGCCUCCAUCCUCGGCUCAGGUGCCCUGUUCCUGGUGGCCGUGCUGACCCACACUCUCCUCCGUGCCGCCCGGGCUACUCGCCAUGGCCUCCACGAGCUGUCCCCGCCACCCUUUGAGGACGACCCCACUCGUCUCACCGAGGUCUCCAAGGCCAGCCCUAGGGCUCAGCCCCAGCAGGGUACCCUCCGCCAUUCCUCCUACUUGUCCUGCCCGGAGCCUGGGGUCCCCCUUGGGCCCAUGGUCACCACCACAGCACCUUCAGCCCUGAGGGGAGGCCGGGAAGGCAGCCUGCCUGCAUCCCGGAUGCACCGGACACUGCCGGCCGGCACAGGGCCCUGGGAUGGGGUCACCCAUGAGAUGCGCAGCAUGCUAGGCCACAGGCUGGGGGCCAUGGGGAAAGACUCGACACUAGUGUGAGCCCAGAGUUCAGGGAUAGGGGUCUGGUGUCAGGCAGCAGGAAGAGGACUCUGUAGGGAUAGGUCCAGGUUUAGCCGCAGUAGCAGUACAACUUGAUUCCCUCUUGGUUCACGGCAUCUCAGGAUCUCACACUUUUGUCCUCAAGGAGAGGAGCCCUGGUGGCAAGGUGGUUAAAUGCUCAGCUGCUAAACAAAAGGUUGGCAGCUUGAACCCACCAGCUGCUUCAUGGGAGAAAGAUGUGGCAGUCUGCUUCCAUAAAGACUUAUAGCCUUGGAACCCCUAUGGGGCAGUUCUAGUCUGUCCUACAGGGUCACUAUGAGUCAGAAUUGAGUCAAUAGCAAUAGUUUUUUUGGUGGGCCCUCAAGGAUGCCUCGUGGUACAAAAUAGCUGCCAGGGCUCCAGCCUUCACCUCCUCACUUGGAGGGAAGGGCAGAGGCCAGGGCUGGGUCAGUGCCUUCAGAAAGCCUUCCUGGGAGGCCUUGGGACCAUCCUGCUUAUACCUAACUGGCCAGCACUGAGUCCCAUGGUCACACCACCCUGCAGAGGGAGAGCUGGGAAACAUGGCCACCCAGAAUGCAUGAAGUUCUGUUACAGGCAGGAGGGAGGGUGGGGACUCAGGUGGCAGUUCUCUGAAUGCCUCCAUCUAUUUUACAGAUGAGGAAACCGAGGUUCCGAGAGAGGCAGUGACUCAUCAGGGGGCUCACGGCCAAUACUGAGCAUCAGAGCCAGGAUUCGAACCUGGGUCCUGUAGCCCCCAUGCUGCAGACCACGCAAGUUUCAGACUCUGCGAUUCCCUGCUGCGCCCCCUGGGCCGGGAGCGUCUGAAACCCAUGUGCCAAGUUCAGAGCAGCCCAGGGCCAGAGACAUGCCUGCAGGUGAGGGGUUCCCCUCCCUGUGCCUCGGUUUCCUCAUCUGUAAAAUGGGUCAGGAAGUGGUUCCUCCUCAGGGCUCCCACGAGGGGGACAUGUGUGACUGACUCAGUGUGAGCCCCUCCAGUGCCCUGUGCACAGUAGGUUCUCAAUCUUGCCACCCAACCCUGUGCCACUGUUAGGGGCAAGGCGGGUGGCUGGUGGCUGGGCUCCCACUGCCUUCAGGAAAAGGGGGACUGAUGGGCAGUUUCUGGGGCUCCUCGAGCUGACAGGACUUGGCAUAGAUAAGAACAGAGA